CGUUUUGCGGCUUGGUAUCGGUGUUGUUACGAUCUUUUUCCCGUGUAGUAUCCAUUUGUUUUCUCUGCCUCGAAUCUCUGCUCUACACGCUUCUGAAAGCUGCUUCGGCUGAUUCCCCGUGCUCGCGUCGUAUGAGGCACGUUGAAAUUUUAUCGUUUACGUUCUCCUUCGACGGGCACAGGCCGCCAGGAUGCCCAAGAGGAAGCAUCAGGCCCUCAUAGAUUCCGACAGUAGCGGGAGUGCGAGUUCGGACUUGGACAAUGACCUAUUGUCAUUGGCAAAGAAAAAGAAAGGAAAGUCCCAAGAUGAUUCUCAAUCAAAUGAGGAUAAUGGAUCCAUUAAGAAGGAUACCAAACAUGAUUCAGAUAUAUCAGAUUCCGAUGACAACUGGAAUAACAAAGCUGGAAAAACAAAGAAGAAAAAGUCGCCAUCGAAGAGAAGUAAACGAAAGAUGACAAAGUCCAGCUCAGAGGACAGUGCCAGUGAGAAAGAACCAGCUAAGCAGCUUUCGGAGCCAGAAGAAGGUGAGGUAUCAGAUUCAGAUCCAAGUGGUUCCAGUUCCAGCCAAGAAGAAUUCAACGAUGGCUAUGAUGACAAACUUAUGGGAGAUGCGGAGGAUCAAGCUAGACUUGCACAAAUGACUGAGAAAGAACGUGAACAAGAAAUCUUUAAACGAAUUGAACAACGUGAAAUUAUGAAAACAAGAUUUGAGAUUGAGAAGAAAUUAAGAAUGGCCAAGAAACAGGAAUUGAAAAAACAAAAGGAAUCGAAAAAGAAGGAGAAGGGUAUUGAAGAGAAGCAGAAAAUAGAUCGAGCCCCAGAUCCUAAAGAGAGGAGUAAAGAUCGCAAGAAGACAAUAGAAGAAAAGCAAGACAAAAAGUUUCAUGCAAUGUCGUUGCUCAAAGCUAGACGCGAAGAGAAGAAGGAACGAGAGGAAAAAGAGAAGCAGAGGAUAGAGCAGCAGCAACAACAAUCAAAGGAUAUGGAGGAAGAAGAAUUAGAAGAUGAUCAUAAAGCUGCUGCAAACAAAACAAAACUUAAGGCAUCUGAUAUAUAUUCUGAUGACAGUGGUUCAUCGGAUAGUGGAGAUGAAGAAGAAAUAGCUAAGCCAACGACUCUACGUAGAUCAUCUUCGAGUGAAAGUCGUGAUUCGGAUUCUGACAAUGAUAAAAAAUCGAUCACUAGCAACAAAGCUAGACCUAAGAAACCAGUGUAUAUCAGUACUAAGGAAGAUCUAAAUAAGAUUCGACUAUCCCGUCACAAAAUGGAGAGAUUCGUUCAUUUACCUUUCUUUGACAGAGUAGUGCAAGGUUGCUUUGUCAGAAUAGGAAUCGGCAAUAAUAACGGCAAACCUGUCUAUAGAGUAGCUGAGAUAAGCGGUGUAUGCGAGACAGGAAAGAUUUAUCAACUUGGUGGUACAAGGACGAAUAAGGGAUUGAAAUUACGUCAUGGUGCACAGGAACGUGUAUUCAGGUUGGAGUUUGUCUCAAAUCAAGAAUUCACGGAUUCCGAAUUCUUUAAGUGGAAGGAAACUUGUGCGCUUCAAGGAAUAUCGACGCCUACUUUCGACGAAGUAGAGCAAAAGUUAAAGGACAUUAAGGAAGCGCUGGUAUACGAAUUUAAAGAAGAGGAUAUAGAAAAAAUAGUACGUGAAAAGGAGAGAUUCAAACAGACUCCCUACAAUUACGCAAUGAAAAAAGCACAGCUGAUGAGAGAACGCGAUGCUGCUAAUUGCAGAGGAGAUGACGAGACAGCUAGUCGACUCAAUCAAGAAUUGAGUGAAUUAGAAGAGCGUGCAUCAGAACUGGAUAAAAUGCGUACAGCAACAAUUUCCAGUAUAUCAUACAUAAAUGAUCGCAAUCGAAAGAAAAAUGUAGAGGAAGCUGAGAAAGCUAUAAUGGAAGAACUGAAGGCUAAUAAGGGUAAGAAGGUCGAUGAUCCAUUCACCAGGCGAAGUACUAAGCCAAGGAUGGUGUAUAAGCCGGAAGAUGAGUCUGAAGUGGUAGCAACAGUUCCAGUAAAUGAUAAAUCGAAUCCUCAUCCUGCUGGAGAUUCAGUGUCAGCUGUUGAUAAAGAAAAUGGACAGGAAUCUAAAAAGAAGCAAAGUACAGAAGAUCUAUUUAAUGCACAUGACUUUGAUAUAACAAUCGAUUUGGAAGUUCCUAUUCCAAACAAUCCUGUUAGUGUUUUACCGAAGCCCAUUAAUAAUAUCAAGGAUACAGGACCUCGCCGAUCGUUAAAUUUAGAAGAUUACAAAAAGAAACGCGGUCUUAUCUAACAGUUCAUAUGUCUUAAACGUCAUAAAGAUAUGAUAAGGCUAAGUUGUCGAGGUUAUUUUGUAGUAGUUAAAGAUAUCACCUCAUCUAUCGAAUGCUCUGUUUAAUAACAAGAACGGGGGAUACGUUCUUAUAAUGAUUGACUGAGAGAUUAGGUUAUUUAUGAUAUUUGCAAUGUUAUUAUUAAUGAAGAAUUCAUCUGUUUGAUACGUUGAGUGGUAAUGGUUUCCUAUACACGAAGGAUUAAGUGGUACUGUAUUACAGUUAUAUAAUAAAUAAAGGAAUAUUAAUGAU